AUGCCAAGUGGUAGCCCGAGAAGGUACAAUUUGGGUCAAGAAAACCACGUUUAUUCGUUCAGUCGGCCAUAUUGUCUUGUCCGGACGCCGAAUAAACCUGUUUUGAAGACCGAGUUGCGUCUCCGGAGAAUGCAACCUCGGUACCAACUCGAGGACACCGUCGAGCGGUUCAGCAACCACAAAUCCCGGAGCUUUUGUUGCUGCCGGUUGGUGAGGCGUACCGCUACGGCUCGAGUAACCGACGUCGACGUCGACGUCGAAAGACAUGAAAAUCGGGCCAAAAUGAAGAAAACGUGCGAAGGCAAUUGCGAAAAUUGGGAACCAAACUGUGGGGGUUGA